UUGUAAUUACGCAGAUGUAUUAUUUGCGCCAGUCGCAGUUACCAGACUAGACGCGGCUCAUUAAAUAUAGAUCUUUAUGUAUUUUACGUUGAGCCAUAAGCUACUACUUUAGUUGUGGAGCCGCAGUUCGACAGCUUAAGACUAAUGUGACGUGAACUGAUCUUUUAAUCCGGUUCAGGGCCGACUUCCAUGUCUAAUCAAUAUGUCACAAAGCAGUCAAUCUGACAAAAGCAUGACAGUGACAGAAUUACAACAAUCAGAGAGAUAAUAAAAGUUAUGCAAACAUCUGUGGUUGCUACUAGAAUCAAAAGACCAAGAUUUUUUUCGCAAAAAUGCCUAUUCCCAACUUCACAACGUAGUGUAUCAAUUGUAGGUACCUCUUAAAUUUUAUUUCUAAUAUGUAUACAAACACUUCCAUGCCCACAUCCUUUAAACUAUUUUAAGAACCAUAGAGGAAAUCCUUUGUCAAUGGCAGGGUGUUUUCGAUUUCUAAUGAUUUUAUGUAAACUUUCUUGAAAUGAUCGUAUAAGUGGUUGCGUAGCGUAUUCUAGUUAAAUAAUUGGUUAAAUCAGUACUCAUAUAUAUUAAACAUCUUUUAAUAACAAUAGUAACAUAGAAAUUUUAUAGAAUUUUUUUUAGAAACAUUGAACAAUAAAAGCACUCAGAUUAAAUUGAAGAGAACUUGUCGUUUACAAAAUGGGUAAUGAACAAUCAUCGGAAAACGAGAGAAAGAAAAGGGAUGCUAAUAUCCAGGCUGCUUUGCAAAAGUCUUUAGAAAAGCAAAGGCAAUUAUAUGAGCAAAAAUGCCAGGAGAUGUUGAAAACACAAGCGGAGACUUUGAGAAAAGAACAAUUAGCUUCAACAAGUGGAAGAACAGCUCCUGGAACAUCUAGAGAUGGUCAAAAUAAUUUAUAUCCGAAUCUAAAAGCUACAACUACAAGAGAACAGCAACCUACUGUGACCUCGAUAAGUUCCUCAUAUCAGAGAUAUAAUGUUGCUCAAAACAAUGUCCUUACACCAAAUGUACCAAUUGCACCAUCUGUAAAUGAACCACAAAGGGUGAUACCUUCGGCCCCACCAAUGACUUUAAAUCAAACAAAUAAAGUAACCAGAGUACAAAAUGCUAGUGGACUGGGCUCCGAACUCAAUUGUCCGGGGUGCGGUAAUCAAUUUGGAUUGGACAUAUAUCAAUGUGUUGGUGGACACAGUUCUUGUAAGGAUUGUAAAAUAAACAGCGGUAUUUGCGGAGUGUCGAACUGCCGUAGAACAAUAACCACGGUGAGAAACAGAACCCUUGAAAUGUACAUGGACAAUUUAAUGAAUGCUACCAAAAAAAUGACUGUUAAGGAACAUAAACCAAUGGUAAAUCAAACGUAUGGUCAACUUAAUAGACUUAAAUGUCCGAAUCAUCAAGAUGGAUGCAGUUUACAUUUCACUUCCAACGCUAUGGGAAGCCAUUUAAAAGAAUGCCCAUUUAAUGAAAUGGCUUGCCCACUUCUGGCUUUAUUCGGAAGGUGCUCUUGGAGAGGUAAAUUUAAGCAACUGGACAGCCACUUCGCAGACUGUCAUCCUGAACAUCGUCAAGCGCAAGUUGAUACAGAAAUGUCAAUAGUGAAUACCACAGAUUAUAAAAAAAUAUUCCAUUUAGUUUUAAUGGGCACAUAUAAUUUUUUUAUUCAUUUAAAAAUUGAUUCUAAUGCAAAAAUGAUGUAUUUAGCCGCUCAGCUUGUUGGCACCGCGGUGAGUGCUUCAAAGUGGCAGUACGAAUUCCAUAUUUAUAACAAAGCACAACCAAAGAGAAAAUUCCAAUAUUCCGAUGUUUGUACAUCAAAUGCCAUUUCUAUAGACGAUAUAUAUUUUAAGAAGCAAUGCGCUGCAAUACCAAUCGCUUAUAUAAACACUUUCUUAAACCAUAAUUGCUUAAAUUAUAAAUUUUUCCUGAAGAAACAAAUCAGGAUGUAAAAUAUGAAAAUUUUAUACCUACAAAUAAACUUUUGAUAACUGCAUAAGGGUUUAUUUAAAAUCCAACAAUUUUGUACCAAGUAAUUUUCUUCUCAAAUAAUUAUACCUUCCUAAACAAUAAAUCUAUAAGAAAAUAGAAAUAUACAUAUGUUUAUGUGGUAAGCUAUAGUUUGUCUAAAUAAGAUUAGUUUGAUAAAU